GAUUAUAAAGACGGAGAAAACGUUUUAGUUGCGCCCAAAGCAGAAACAUACGGCUCAGACAUUGAAUUCGAAGACGGUGAUGAGGAAGCCGAUGAUCUUGACAUAAAAAACUUGUCGACAAAGGCUUGGCUGGUGAAAUUGCCAACAUUUCUUGCAAAAAAGUGGUCUGAAAUUGAACAGGAAGAUGUUGAUCUGGGGUGCGUGCGAAUCCACGAUCCAGGGAAAAUAGAAUUAAUACUUUCUGAUAAUAAAAUAUAUGCAGAUAUGCCGCGAGAGUAUGACCUAGAAAUAACGAAUACUGAUGUCAAAGACUCGUAUUCUUUUUUCCUAAAAAGAGACGAGAAUGGAAUGGAGACAGGACCAGUCGCGAUGCAAGCAACUGUUCAUCAUAAUUGUCAUAUUAAACCAUAUGCGAGUGACGAGUACAGGCAAAAAGUGCGACAGAGAACUAUAGAAGCAGCGCAACCUAAACGAACAGUACGAGUGAUGAAUCCAGAUCAGAAUCGCGGUGCUUACGUACCUCCUGGUCUGCAAGUUUCACCAGCAGACAAUUUCGGAAAGCUUGUUCAAAAGAAACCAAAAAUUCCGAUGGAACAAAAAACCACUCGUAUGCCGGAAAACGAGCUCAUCGAUUUGCUCUUCCAGGCAUUUGAAGAGUAUGCUUAUUGGACUUUAAGAGGGCUGAAAGAUUAUGUCAAACAGCCAGAGUCCUAUUUAAAAGAAAUAUUAACACGGAUCGCAAUCCUGGAUAAACGUGGCCCUUAUAAUAAUUGCUAUCACUUGAAGUCAGAGUACAAACGCGAGAAUGAACCAACAAAUGAUUCGAUCGCGCCAAAUGGAUUGGAACCGCCGAAUGCGCAACAAGCAUUGGAGGAUGAAAAUGAUGUCCUACAAAUUCAAGCACUCGGUGCUGGUAACGAAUUGGAUGCAGGAGUGCACCCGGCUUUUAAUGGGUUGGCAGCACUUCCUUUUUAUGAUGAAAUUGAUCCUACUACUGUUGAUGUUUUGCUGGUUAGCCACUUUCAUUUGGAUCAUGCCGCUUCUUUACCAUAUUUCAUGGAAAAGACCGGAUUCCGUGGUCGUGUGUUUAUGACACAUCCGACAAAAGCUAUAUAUAAAUGGUUAUUAACAGACUUUAUAAGAGUCAGCAAUGUCGGAGCCGAUGAAAAUAUUUAUACGGAACAAGAUUUGCUGCAUAGCUAUGAGAAAAUUGAGGCGGUCGAUUAUCAUCAAGAGAUGGAGGUAGAGGGAAUAAAGUUUACUAGUUAUAAUGCUGGACAUGUUCUCGGAGCUGCAAUGUUUUUGAUCGAGAUUGCUGGUGUAAAGAUUUUAUACACUGGCGAUUAUUCGAGAGAAGACGACAGACAUUUAAUGGCAGCUGAGCCUCCUAAAAUCCAGCCGGAUGUAUUGAUUACUGAAUCCACUUAUGGUGUUCAAAGCCAUCAGCCACGAUUAGAAAAGGAAGCGAGAUUCACAUCACUUGUACAUGACAUUGUACAACGUGGAGGAAGGUGUCUAAUGCCGGUAUUCGCGCUUGGACGUGCACAAGAAUUGCUAUUGAUUCUCGAUGAGUAUUGGGAAGCCCAUCCUGAAUUAGAGUCUGUACCGAUUUAUUAUGCGUCAUCACUAGCGAAAAAAUGUAUGGCAGUCUACCAAACAUAUAUAAACAUGAUGAAUGCAAAAAUUCGAAAGCAGUUUGCCAUUUCGAAUCCGUUUGUGUUCAAACACAUUUCCAAUUUGAAGAAUAUGGAUAAUUUUGAUGACGUUGGACCUUGUGUUAUGAUGGCAAGUCCCGGGAUGUUGCAGAGCGGUCUUUCUCGAGAAUUGUUUGAAAGAUGGGCACCCGAUAAAAGAAAUGGUCUCGUAAUUACAGGCUAUUGUGUAGAUGGAACUUUAGCUAGGCAUGCAAUGACUGAGCCUGCAGAAAUAACUUCGAUAUCUGGAGCAAAAAUCCCGCGGCGUCUAUCUGUUGAAUAUAUAUCAUUUUCAGCUCAUGUAGACUACACGCAGAAUAGUCAAUUUAUUGACGAAGUAAAUGCUCCUAAUAUUGUUCUUGUACAUGGCGAAUCAAAUGCCAUGGGUCGCUUGAAAAGUACUUUAGAGACGAAAUUUAAAGAUCGUGGACAAAAGGUUCAAGUAUUCUCGCCAAAGAAUUGUGAAUUCGUAAGGCUCAAGUUUCGAGGAGAAAAAUUGGCAAAGCUUCCAAUGACAUUUUAUGUAGGAAUUGAAAAAGAAUUGGAAUUAUUGGAAGCUUUCAAGAACGUCACUGGCUGCACAAUAGGUUCUCUAGCUGCUAAAUAUCCUCAAGAAGACCAAUUACUUUCUGGCAUUCUUGUCUCAAAAGAUUUUCAAUUUAAUAUUAUGGACGCACGCGAAUUGAAAGAGUUUAGUGGGAUUUCCACUUCUGCUAUUUCGCAAAAGCAGACAAUCUAUUAUCGUGCUUCUUUCUCGCUGUUAAAGUUCCAUUUGGAACAGAUGUUUGUCAAUUUGGAUGAGACAAAAGACGAGAAUGGUGCACCAACUUUGAAGAUAUUGGAUUCUAUUAAAGUUAAACACGUAAAUGAAAAUCAAAUCUUACUCGAAUGGCAAGGUAAUUCUAUGAAUGAUAUCAUUGCAGAUGCAGUCUUAGCUGUAAUACUGAAUAUUGAAAGCAGUCCAGCUUCCGUCAAAGUCACCAAAAGUCCAACUCAUUCGCACCGGCAUCACCAAGAAGACAUACGAUCCGCCACAAUAAAUUUUCUUAAGAAGCAAUUUGGGGAAGUUUUCGAAGAUCCAGAAUCGGAGGAUGAGAUCGUUGUCAAAGUAGAUGAACAUACUGCCACAGUUAAUAUUCAGACUUUGGAAAUAAACACACAACAUGAACCGUUAAGGAAGAGACUGGUUGAUGUGAUUGAACGUGUUGCACGUACACUGCGGCCUUUGGACUUUGAAAUCUUGUCGAAGAUGAAAGUAUCACCAUAA